AAGGGGCGGAAGUGUGAGGUACGGCAGCUGAAAUGGGACAGGGGAGUCGCUCUGUCACGGAGUAACUGGCAAGUCCACGAAUCGCACACUCUAAGGCGCUUCCCUGUUUCGCUUUUGGCCGCGAAGGAAUGGGGACCCGAGCAUCGCGGCUCCGCAGGGGCCCCGGGUCAUGAAAGACCACCAUCCGGCAGGGAGCUCAGCACCUGCCGCUGCACGGGAACCGCUUGGCGCGGAGAGGCUCCGCCUAGCUUACUGCUAUGGACAGUGCAAUCACUUUGUGGCAGUUCCUUUUGCAACUCCUCCAAGAGCCUCAGAACAAGGAAAUCAUCUGCUGGACCUCCAACGAUGGAGAAUUCAAACUUCUUCAAGCGGAAGAGGUAGCCCGCCUCUGGGGGAUUCGUAAGAACAAGCCUAGCAUGAAUUAUGACAAACUCAGUCGGGCACUCAGAUACUAUUAUGUGAAGAACAUCAUCAAAAAAGUUAAUGGUCAGAAGUUUGUUUACAAAUUUGUGUCUUAUCCAGAGAUUCUGAACAUGGAUCCGUUAGCAGUUGGCAGGACUGAGGGUGAUGUUGAGUUGCAGGCUGGCUUGGUAGAUGCCAGUAAUGCUACAAAGGACACAGAGAACUGUGGGAAGGAGAAGCCUCUAUCCUGUGCAAAGUCCUCCAGCCGCAAUGAUUAUAUCCACUCAGGCCUAUAUUCAUCAUUUACUUUGAACUCCUUGAACUCCUCCUCUUGUGUAAAACUCUUUAAGCCGAUCAAGAUAGAGAAUCCCACAGAGAAAGUGGCAGAGAAAAAAACUCCUCAGGAACCAACACUCUCAGUCAUAAAAUUUGUGACUGUGUCCUCCAAAAAGCCUUCAGUCUUUCCCCUUGCUUCUACUACUCACCUGGCUUCUAACACAUCAGCAGCUUCUCCCCUUCCUUCAGGUUCAGAUGAAACUCUCCAAGCCUUGGAGUCUUUAGUGACGCCCAAAGUGACUCCAGCUGAAACUUCAGCACCCUCACCAAGCUUAACUACCAAUUUCACUCCUACGUCACUUGCAUCCUCCACUCAGCAGGCUCCCACUAGGUCACCUUUGCCACCUUUGAAUUCCAAUCCUGAUCUGAUUAUCGACACAGAGAUAGAAUCAGUGGCUUGCCAUCAGCUGGAACAUUCUCAGAUCCAAGCUCUGGAGUCCAAAGAACAAAGUUCAUCAGUGCUAGAGAAAGAGUUGCGUCAUAGCCGAACUAGAAAGCCCAAAGGGCUGGAAAUAGCUCCCACUCUGGUCAUUACUGGCAGUGACCCAAGUCCGCUGGGAAUACUGAGCCCUUCCCUCCCAACUGCUUCUCUUACACCAGCACUUUUUUCACAGACGCCUAUUUUGCUGACCCCAAGCCCCUUGCUGUCCAGUAUCCAUUUCUGGAGCACACUCAGCCCAGUUGCUCCCCUCAGUCCGGCAAGAUUGCAAGGUGCUAACACCCUUUUCCAGUUUCCAUCGGUGCUGAACACUCAUGGACCAUUUACUGUGUCAGGAAUGGAUGGGCCCUCUACUCCUGGGCCUUUCUCCCCAGACUUACAGAAGACAUAGUAUGGGUUUAUGGGGGAAAGGACAGAUUGGGAAUCAAGACAAUGGGAUUUCAUCAAAGUGAUGCAGUCAUUUUUAAGGAGUGUGUUCAGUUCCACAGAGACUGAGCUGAUUUGAUUUCUGCCAUUCCCAGUUCAAAUGCCUUUGCAGAAAUUCCCUUCAAGAUGUGAGGGAAUUCAUUUGGAAACGCCUUAAUUGGAGUCCAAUCUCCACCAUAUUUUCCUUUCCUCUUGUUAUUUUGGCUUAUUGCAGAAGUGCACACAACUGAAGCAGUUACAGCGGCCAUAAGAGAACUUGACUGGAGGUAAGCAAGUCCCUGUCUCACCUGUAUCUUUAUGGCCCCAGAACUGCCUGUCUGAGGGGUGGUGGUGUCAGACCAAAGAAGAAAUUGCAAGGAGGGCCCUCUGCCCAGAGAACAACAACGCCCUCAAUUCAGGGGAGAGGAAAUUUAUUGCUAUUUCCCAGGGUAACAAAGCAUUGAGAAAUUUCUAGGGAGUGGGUUGGAAUAUUGCUGUGCUGACACCUCUCUCCUCCAGCCUCAUGAGAGGGUCUGUGGGACAUUCGCUUCCCCAAUCUGCAUGCAGCCCUCAGGCUGGAUGUUGUGCACUUGUGGCUUAAUUAAACUUUGUCUGGUGAAAGGGAUCUUCUCUGUGGAUUCAGUGGCUGAAUCUGUAUUGCCUGUAGUAGACAAAACCUUCCCUUUUGACUGGUAACUGACUGUUUGAUUGAAAAAUCUUAAUAAUCUUUGGAAGUUGGAAUUCUAAGAUAUUCUUGGAGAAAUUAUGUUUUUUUUAAAAAAUAGCCUUGCUUUUAUGGUUGGCAACUCUUGUAUUAAUACUUCAGGGCUAUAGUAAGAGAAUCUUUUAUUUCUUUGCAUGGAGACAUUUAUGAUGAUAUUGAAGAGAAUCAGACAAUCUUUUCAGGGUGGCAUCUAUAAAUAAAUAAUAUAUAGCUUUGUGUUCUAUAGUGAAAGAUUUGGUCAUCUCUCAAGAAAUAUACAUGAUUCUGUGAGCUGGAACAAUAAAGCUUUGUAUAGAUUAUGGGAAAAAUUCUUUAGUAUUCUAAAGAGAAUUUAUAUUGCUUGGCAGGAAAUAAUACUCCUCUGAAAUCUAGCAGAAAAACUCUGACCUUAAAUUAUACUAGCUGAAGAUCCCUGUAAUUUUUUUGUGGCUAUUGACAAUUGAUCUUGUAUUUGUCAGUCUUUGUGUAGCAUUGCCUUGGUUUCUGAGAAUGUUAUAUGUGAACCUGACAUUAGGGAAAUGAGCACUUGCGCUUUGCGCCCCUCUGCCUCACCAAUGCAUGUGGUCUGUUCUUCUGGUCUCUUUAAAUCAGAUCAACAAAGGUCUCUUUAAAUCAGAACUGGGCUGAAAGUUAGGGCAUAUAGAGAUUCCUAAAACUAAAAAUAACAUGAAGUUAUUGGAAGAGUUUCCUGUUGCACAAGAAGAGUGUGGGUGGAAGGUUGACAUGAAUUCUUGAUAGUCUGCAGUACCUUAAAAUUGCUUUAAGACAGCACUUAACUUUGCGGCAUGGCAGUGGUUAACCCCCUUCCUGGGGUUUCCCAGAGACUUCACUGGUGGCAGUUCAGGCAUAAUUGGCAUGUAAAAUUAUCCUGACGUUGAUGGGAAGGUCUUGUUUCCUUAACUAGAGAUGGAAGGCAUGAUGACAGCUUGUGUGCAUAGGCAUCCAAGGUAUCUUGCAAUAGAAGGAGAUGCUCUGAGAACCACAGGAGUUCUGUACAUACACAGCACUUGAAUUCUGGGAACAGCUUCCAGGGCUGUCUGUAAUUUUUGAAAGCACCUUAAGACUUGAAGCCACAAGUAGAUUUUUGUUAGAAAAUUAAAGUACAUAUCA